CUCCCUUCCCCCUCCCCGCCCCGCGGCUGCCGCUCGGCCCCGGCUUGCGCUUCGAAGAUGGCGGCGCUGAGUGGCGGCGGUGGCAGCAACAGCGGCGGCGGCGGCGGCGGCGGUGGCGGCGGUGGCGGCGGCGGCGGCGGCGGCGGCGGCGGCGGCAGCGGUGGCGGCGGCGGCGCCGAGCAGGGCCAGGCUCUCUUCAAUGGAGACAUGGAGCCCGAGGCCGGCGCUGGCGCCGCGGCCUCUUCGGCUGCGGACCCGGCCAUUCCCGAAGAGGUGUGGAAUAUCAAGCAAAUGAUUAAGUUGACACAGGAACAUAUAGAAGCCCUAUUGGACAAAUUUGGUGGGGAGCAUAAUCCACCAUCAAUAUACUUGGAGGCCUAUGAAGAGUACACCAGCAAGCUAGAUGCCCUCCAGCAAAGAGAGCAACAGCUGUUGGAGUCCCUGGGGAAUGGAACUGAGUUUUCUGUUUCUAGCUCCGCGUCAAUGGACACGGUUACAUCCUCCUCUUCUUCUAGCCUUUCAGUGCUGCCUUCAUCUCUCUCAGUUUUCCAAACUCCCACAGAUGGAUCACGAAACAACCCCAAGUCACCACAGAAACCUAUUGUUAGAGUCUUCCUGCCCAACAAACAGAGGACAGUGGUACCUGCAAGAUGUGGCGUUACAGUCCGAGACAGUCUAAAGAAAGCACUGAUGAUGAGAGGUCUUAUCCCAGAGUGCUGUGCUGUUUACAGAAUUCAGGAUGGGUAUGGUUUAGAGAAGAAACCAAUUGGCUGGGACACUGAUAUUUCCUGGCUUACUGGAGAGGAGUUACAUGUAGAAGUACUGGAGAAUGUUCCACUUACAACACACAACUUUGUACGGAAAACUUUUUUCACCUUAGCAUUUUGUGACUUUUGUCGAAAGCUGCUUUUCCAGGGUUUCCGCUGUCAAACAUGUGGUUAUAAGUUUCACCAGCGUUGUAGUACAGAGGUUCCACUGAUGUGUGUUAAUUAUGACCAACUUGAUUUGCUGUUUGUCUCCAAGUUCUUUGAGCAUCACCCAGUACCACAGGAGGAGGCCUCCUUGGCAGAGACUGCCCUUACAUCUGGAUCCCCUUCUGCACCCCCCUCAGACUCUACUGGGCCCCAAAUCCUCACCAGUCCAUCUCCUUCAAAAUCCAUUCCAAUUCCACAGCCCUUCCGCCCAGCAGAUGAAGAUCAUCGGAAUCAGUUUGGGCAGCGAGACCGGUCCUCUUCAGCUCCCAAUGUUCAUAUAAACACAAUUGAACCUGUCAAUAUUGACGAAAAAUUCCCAGAAGUGGAAUUACAGGAUCAAAGGGAUUUGAUUAGAGACCAGGGGUUUCGUAGUGAUGGAGCCCCCUUGAACCAGCUGAUGCGCUGUCUUCGGAAAUACCAAUCCCGGACUCCCAGCCCCCUCCUACAUUCUGUCCCCAGUGAAAUAGUGUUUGAUUUUGAGCCUGGCCCAGUGUUCAGAGGGUCAACUACAGGUUUGUCUGCCACCCCACCUGCCUCAUUACCUGGCUCACUCACUAACGUGAAGGCCUUACAAAAAUCUCCAGGACCUCAGCGGGAAAGGAAAUCAUCAUCAUCCUCAGAAGACAGAAAUCGAAUGAAAACACUUGGUAGACGAGAUUCAAGUGAUGAUUGGGAGAUUCCUGAUGGACAGAUUACAGUGGGACAAAGAAUUGGAUCUGGAUCAUUUGGAACUGUCUACAAGGGAAAGUGGCAUGGCGAUGUGGCAGUGAAAAUGUUGAAUGUGACAGCACCCACACCUCAACAGUUACAGGCCUUCAAAAAUGAAGUAGGAGUACUCAGGAAAACACGACAUGUGAAUAUCCUACUUUUCAUGGGCUAUUCAACCAAGCCACAACUGGCUAUUGUUACCCAGUGGUGUGAGGGCUCCAGCCUGUAUCACCAUCUCCACAUCAUUGAGACCAAAUUUGAGAUGAUCAAACUUAUAGAUAUUGCACGGCAGACUGCCCAGGGCAUGGAUUACUUACACGCCAAGUCAAUCAUCCACAGAGACCUCAAGAGUAAUAAUAUAUUUCUUCAUGAAGACCUCACGGUAAAAAUAGGUGAUUUUGGUCUAGCCACAGUGAAAUCUCGAUGGAGUGGGUCCCAUCAGUUUGAACAGUUGUCUGGAUCUAUCUUAUGGAUGGCACCAGAAGUAAUCAGAAUGCAAGAUAAAAACCCAUAUAGCUUUCAGUCAGAUGUAUAUGCAUUUGGAAUUGUUCUGUAUGAACUAAUGACUGGCCAGCUACCUUAUUCGAACAUCAACAACAGGGAUCAGAUAAUUUUUAUGGUGGGACGAGGCUAUCUAUCUCCAGAUCUCAGUAAGGUACGGAGUAACUGUCCAAAAGCCAUGAAGAGAUUAAUGGCAGAGUGCCUCAAAAAGAAAAGAGAUGAGAGACCACUCUUUCCCCAAAUCCUCGCCUCCAUUGAGCUGCUGGCCCGCUCAUUGCCAAAAAUUCACCGCAGUGCAUCAGAACCCUCCUUGAAUCGGGCUGGUUUCCAAACGGAAGAUUUUAGUCUGUAUGCUUGUGCGUCUCCUAAAACACCCAUCCAAGCAGGGGGCUAUGGAGAAUUUGCAGCCUUCAAGUAACCACUCCAUCAUGGCAGCAUCUGCUCUUUAUUUCUUAAGUCUUGUGUUCAUACAGUUUGUUAACAUCAAAACACAGUUCUGUUCCUCACAUCUUUUUCUAAAAGAUACAAAAAUUUCAAUGCCUAAGCUCGUGUGGAACAGAGUGGAAUUUCUUACUCAACAAA